CAAACUUGAGUGGCACCACUGGCAUAGAAAGCAAAACAUAGUGGCUCCAUUUAUCACUGUUGGAGCUCUAAUGUAAAAAUCAUUUGUUAUGCAACAACAAAGUUAUCUAUAUAAUAAAAUAAGACCUGGAUGUUCCAGUUGGAUUUCGUCACACCAUUCCUGGGAAGGAUUAAAGCCGGUUACAUCUCCCCAGAUAUCAGGAGACACUCCCGUAAGUUCAUCAGGACUAUUUUGGCUCCAAAUAUUCCCGGAGCCUCAAAAAACUGGGUCCGGACGCUCCGUUGUUCAUGCCAGAAAAGGUUUCUACUGGGUGCCAGUGGAAAGAUCCUCGGAGGCAGGGAAACAGUCAGAGGAAGAGUGUUUAAUGUGGGGUACAGGAAGCAUCAACCGAACAGGGGCUGUCCCUACGUUUCUGCGGACCCCCACAGUCAUCCAGCCUCAUCUGGAUAUGAAGCCCUUCCUACAGUUUCCGAUGGAGACCCCGCCUCCACACAGCCUUGGGCUCUUCCACAACUUCAACGCGAUGGAUCCUGUUCAGAAGGCAGUGAUCAACCACACCUUUGGAGUCCCACUGGUGAAGACCAAACGGCCAAUCAUUUCCUGUAAUGUCUGCCAGAUCCGUUUUAACUCGGAGAGUCAGGCAGAAGCCCACUACAAGGGGAACCGUCAUGCUAGGAGAGUCAAAGGCAUUGAGACCUCCAAGAGCCGCCCACAAGAGAGUGACAAACCUCCUCCCGGGCCCGUCUCAUCCCCCUCACCAACGGGACCCUUACCGGCCAUCUCAGAUACGGACCCCAGCAAAACAGAUGAGACGCGGCCAGUGCCACAGUUAAAUGGACCCGCGGUGGCCCCAGGGUCCGCGGCCAUUUCUGCUCCCCCCACCCCAGAAUCCCCCGGUCCUUCCACCUGUCCUCUUCUGCCCACCCCCACUACCCCUCAACCACCUCCAGCCACCUCCUCAUCUCCCGGCUGUGGCUCUUCUAACCCAGAGCAGGCUGGCACCGGGGCCCCUGGGGCGCCAUCAGUCACCCCAAGCAACCCUGAGACCGAAGAGGACAAAGCCAAGAAGCUGCUUUACUGCUCACUGUGCAAAGUGGCCGUCAAUUCGCUCUCCCAGUUGGAGGCCCACAAUAAAGGCACUAAACACAAAACCAUUCUGGAAGCCCGCAGCGGACUGGGCCCCAUUAAGGCAUACCCUCGUUUGGGUCCGAAGCCCAGCGGGGAGCAGGGAGGCGGGGCCACGGACCCCAAUACUCAGGAACGCACCUUCCACUGUGAGAUCUGCAACGUGCGGGUCAACUCAGAACUGCAGCUCAAACAGCACAUAUCAAGUCGAAGGCACCGGGACGGAGUGGCAGGAAAGCCAAACCCCCUCCUGAGCCGACACAAGAAGCACAGGGGAGCUGACCUUGCGGAUCUCACCAAAGCAUUAGGCGCCGGCCUCCUGCCGAGUCCUCUGGCCGUUGCUGCGGCAAUGGCAGCGGCGGCCUCCUCCAAUCCGCUCGCUCUCCGCGCAGCAGCCUCCGCCCCCCAUCCGCAUCAUCACCUCCUGCAGGGUCCGCCCCUCAGCCACGCCAUCUUGAGACCAGCUCCGGGGCCCAUACGCACCUCACACGGGCCGAUCCUGUUCUCGCCGUACUGACUCCGCCCUCACCCGCCCUUAGCCAAUCACAGCCAGUCCGGAGCCUCACCUCCAAAAGCACACUGUGAAGACGAAAAAAUAAUGAAACACCACAGCAAUGACAAGAAUCGGCCCAUCAACAACAACGUUAAUCAUCAAACCAAGCAGAAGGGGGCGCAGCCACGAAGGAGGGUGCGACUGGCAUUCCAACCCUCUUUCCAUCACCCUUAACCGCCUACUUCAUCUCCGUUUGUUCGAAUCAAGUGAUUUAUUCGUUGGUGGAUGAACGAACGAAUGCAGGGAUUGUUGGAAUAGAGCAAUAUCGUAUGCAGAGUGCAUCUGACGUCCUUGUUCCUACCCUCUAUUUAUACUCAUACUGUGAGGUAGCAGCAGUCACGUGGUAGCCAGAAAUGCUGGAAUCAGUUUCUAGACACCCCAAAACACACAAAGACUACAGUUAAAUGUUGUUCUGAAUAAAUGCACCCUCAACCCUAUGCACCUUGAGAAACCUACAGAAACCAUCAGUACGCUUCUCGUAGCAUUCACUGUAUUCAACUUGUACCAUCUAGCUUUGGCAUCUUUGCAAGAGGAAAACGCCCCAAUCUCCAUCGCAGUUCCCCCACGUCAUCAGGACUCCGAGAAGGGGAUUGUGGGGAAGGUCUAAGGAUGCCGACACUUUCCCAAUUCUGGCUUGAAUUGAGAAGCUUAUCAUGGCGCCCGACUUCAUACAGUCGCAUCUCGCUAGGGAAACAGAGGGAUUCAGAAGAGACACUCGAGAUUUCUUUUGUGUCGCUUUUGCAUCCGUUUGCACUAGGAGCGGUUGACUGAAAAACCCCAGACCCCUGUCUUAGAUCUUAGAAAAUCAGUAGAUUUAUUCUAUUGUGUAGCGUAGUUUAGUUCAGAACAUCCAAGCUGGUUGACUUUAGAAAUAUUCCGAAGUGAAAUAUGUACGUAGAUAAGAUGGACGGGUACUUUGAUUCUCAGAGAAAGGCAACAAACCUAAGCACACACUUGGACUUACAGUACAUACAGGCUCCUCUGUUCAUUCUGUCUCUGUAUGUUCAGUGGACAUUAUGCAACCCCAAGCAAUACAGCCCCCCUUCUGUCCGACUUCCGCGUUCAGUCUCACGAGACAGCCUGCAUCCCGCAAGGACUGACAUAACCGGUCAGCCACUCCAGCGGACGCCCAUGAGAGUCUAGAAAAAUAAACAGAGAAAAGACGCAGAGGAGGUCACAGAGGACCCGACUGUGCAAUCUCCCCUUUUUUUGGUAUGAACUUCCUGUCUUGAAUCUAAAGCCAUGCAAUGCAUAUUCUUUUUGUUCUUUUAUUAUGAUCAAUUAAUUGUUUUGAUGUUGUUGUUUUUUUGGUUCGUUUUCAUAGCACACUGAUACGUUGAACAAAUAUUGUUGUGGAAAUUCUAAAAAAAAAAAAAAAAAAAAAUCAUUGAGCAAAAGAAAAAAA